CCCCCGGGGCACAAAGCGCUCCUCGCUCCCCUCUGCCUUCACCCUUCCUGACUUGCUGCCUUACACUUCCCUUCGGUUGUUUUUGACGCAGCCUUUCUAAAAGCUCCGGCCGCGGCCCUAUGCCGGCGUUCCCCAGGGGGGCACCCUCAGCCCCUCUCCAGAAUAGCACCGUAAUGUAGGAUGAAAUACCAGCCAGGCAGGGCUGCCCAGGCUGCCGUGGGUCUCUCCUAUACUGUACGAUCUCCCUGUAAUGACAGGAUGUUUUUUUUUAAAUUCUGUGGUGUAAGGAAAACUGUUGGUAGUGUUAAUCGCACUGAGUUCUUCCCCCAGGUGUGAAUCGCCAUUUCCACAUGAUUUGCAUCCGAGAUAAAUUCAGUCAGAAUAUUGGACGGCAGAUUUCUUCCAAAGUGAUUUGGGACCAUCUGAGCACCAUGUAUGAUAUGCAGGCUCUUCAUGAAUCUGAGAUUCUUCCAUUCCCUAAUAUAGAGAAGAAUUUUGCUCUUCCUGACGAAAUGAUUCAAGAAGUGAGAGAAGGAAAAGUGAUGAUAGAAGAAGAAGUGAAAGAGGAAAUAAAAGAAGAGAUGGAAACACAUGCAGGUCCAGAAGAAGUUUUUGCACCCUCUGGAAGUUUAGGAAAAACAACUGAAAAGCCAAGCGGCAAAGAGAAAGAGAAAACUUCAUCAGAUUCUGGGUCCAAAGAAGGAUCUGAUAAGAGGAAGCGCAACAGAGUCACUGAAAAGGUCUUAAACGCAAACAGUAAUCCUUCCAGUCCAAGCGCUGCAAAACGACGCAGAACAUAAAGCAAGCUGUGAACGAGAGAAGUAAUAAACUAUGGAACGUGAGGAGGGAACAGUGAAAAGGAGUAGCGGGAUAGUCGCUACGUAGACUUUUGGGGAAAGGAAAAGAUAUCUGAGCCAGGUAUUUGAAGAAUCUGCGCAUUGGCUUUAUACAUCCCAGACUUUGUCUUUCCUGAUGUGUUUUCUGGUCAGCACCGAGCAGCUGAGCGAUGGCUGCCUUCCCAGGGCAUGGGGGGAGAAAGCUGGCAGCGUGAAGAGUUUGUGCCUAUGUAACAAGUCUGGUGGUUGCAUUUCAAACGAGUAACACGCUCUGUGUCAGCAUGGUUCGUGAAAAACGUGCUCAGAGAAACACAGCCUCGGUUUGUGAAAAGCGUAGCUUCUUCCUAUAAAUUUCAGGUCGUUUUUUCUGCCUUUCCUUUGUUGCUGUCUUUGGAUGUUCCAGACCCUCUGUGGGUAAAGUUUGGGCAUUUUACUCAGUGCAAACGUAGCGUUUGUAUCAAAAUGUCUAAAUUCGUUGGUUCAGUAAAACUAAAAUUCUUUUAAAUACAGAUAACUAUUGAGUUGAAGUAUUAUUUCGCUCUCUUUGCUGGAGGAACCUUUACUUCUCUCACUCUUAGCGACAUAAUACUUUCCAAGCUUUAUAAGUUUAUAUACCAUAAGUGAAGUGGAAAUGAUAAUGCCCCUAGGAUAAUAAUUAAUAAGUAUCCUAAAUAAAAUACCUAGUGAUGUCACAUGGUUUUGUGAGGGAUCCGCUGAGCUGUGCGUGAACCUGGAGAUGUUGCUUCGCCCAUUUGUACUAUAGUAGUAUAUAACAGUGGGGUUUGUACUUUA